AUGGCAAACCUACGCAAAACCCACCCGCUCCUAAAAAUCGCCAACGACGCACUAGUUGAUCUCCCCGCCCCCUCCAACAUCUCUGCCUGAUGAAACUUUGGCUCCCUACUCGCCCUCUGUCUAGGCGCCCAAAUCCUCACAGGACUCUUCCUCGCUAUACACUACACAUCCGACGUCACCAUGGCCUUUUCAUCUGUCGCACACAUCUGCCGUGACGUAAACUACGGGUGACUCAUCCGAAAUCUCCACGCUAAUGGUGCCUCUUUCUUUUUCAUCUGCCUCUACCUCCAUAUUGGCCGAGGCCUCUACUAUGGCUCCUAUCUUUACAAAGAGACAUGAAACAUCGGAGUCGUACUCUUUCUCCUUGUAAUAAUGACCGCUUUUGUUGGCUAUGUGUUACCUUGAGGCCAAAUGUCCUUCUGAGGUGCCACCGUCAUUACAAACCUCUUGUCAGCAGUGCCUUAUGUGGGCAAUACCCUAGUUCAAUGAAUCUGAGGGGGCUUUUCAGUUGACAACGCUACCCUCACUCGUUUCUUUGCCUUCCACUUCCUCUUGCCCUUCAUUGUUGCAGCUGCAACUUUUCUACACCUACUCUUCCUUCAUGAAACAGGCUCAAACAACCCACUUGGCCUGAACUCGGAUAUAGAUAAGAUCCCAUUCCACCCCUACUUCACCUAUAAAGACCUUCUAGGCUUUGCAAUCCUCAUUAUCUGCCUUACCACCCUAGCUCUCUUCUCCCCAAAUCUCCUAGGUGAUCCCGACAACUUUACCCCCGCUAACCCCCUAGUAACUCCCCCCCACAUUAAGCCAGAGUGAUACUUCUUAUUCGCCUACGCCAUCCUGCGGUCCAUCCCAAACAAACUAGGCGGAGUCCUUGCCCUCCUGGCUUCUAUUCUCGUCCUAAUAGUAGUUCCCAUCCUACACACAUCCAAACAGCGAGGAUUAACAUUUCGCCCCAUCACCCAAAUUCUCUUCUGGACCCUUAUUGCAGAUGUCUUCAUCUUAACUUGAAUUGGGGGCAUACCAGUAGAACACCCCUUCAUCAUCAUUGGCCAAGUAGCAUCCGUCCUAUACUUCGCCCUCUUCCUAAUCUUCCUUCCGGUGGCAGGUUGACUAGAAAAUAAAAUUCUUGAAUAA